AUGAUAAAAAUUCUAUCGGUUGCAUUUUUCUUUAUUAUUUUGAGUGAAUCCUGUUUAACUUUAAAAAGCGAUUGGUGGGAAGAUGCAUCCUUGUAUCAAAUAUAUCCAAGAUCAUGGAAGGAUAGUGAUGGAAAUGGAAUUGGAGAUCUAAAAGGAAUCACUGAGAAACUUGAUUAUCUGAGAGAAAUUGGCAUGACUGCUACAUGGCUUUCGCCCAUUUUCGAAUCACCAAUGGCUGAUAAUGGUUAUGAUAUUUCCAACUUUACCAAUAUUGAUCCAAUUUUCGGGACCUUGGAAGAUUUUGAUGCUCUUUUGAAGAAAGCCAAAAACCUUGGACUUAAAGUACUUGUGGACUUUGUUCCAAAUCAUUCUAGUGACGAAUGUGAAUGGUUUAAAAAGUCCAUUAAUCGGGAAGAUGGAUAUGAUGAUUUCUAUGUUUGGGCUGAUGGAAAAGAUGAUCCGCAGAAUCCUGGAAAGAAACUUCCUCCAUCAAAUUGGAUCAGCAUAUUUGGAGGAUCGAUGUGGGAAUGGAACGAAAAACGUCAACAAUUCUAUUUGCAUCAGUUCUACAAAGAACAACCUGAUUUCAACUUCCGAAAUCCCAAAGUACACACUGCCAUGUUAGAGGUUUUGAAAUUUUGGCUCGAUCGAGGUGUCGAUGGAUUUCGAAUUGAUGCUGUUCCGCAUAUGUACGAAAAAAUCCUUGAAGAUGGUACCUUUCCUGAUGAGCCGCUAAGUGGUGAAACAGAUGACUCAAAUUGUCAGGACUUCCUGAAACAUAUCUAUACUCAAGAACAAUAUGAAACAGUUGAGCUACUGUAUGAAUGGAGGGAAUUUCUAGACGAAUACAAAAGAGUUCAUGGUGGAGAUACCAGGGUAUUGUUAGCUGAGGCUUAUGUCAGUGUCGAAACAAUUGACCAAUACUAUGGUAAUGGCACACAUUUUGGAGCCCAUUUGCCUUUUAAUUUCAAUUUCGAUGCAAUGCUGAAAUUGCCUCAUUUAAAUGCUCGAAUUUUUGAAGAAACUGUAAGCUUAUGGAUGGAUAGCAUUUGGAAGAAGCACAAAAUGGGUAAUUGGGUGGUUGGUAAUCAUGACUUGUUAAGAGUUGGUGACCGUGUCGGCGAAGAAAGAAAGGAUUUAAUCAAUAUUCUCGUUGCAGCACUUCCCGGAGUUACAAUUACAUAUUACGGUGAAGAAAUAGGAAUGACAAGUAUUUUCUACGAUUGUGAAGAUUGUUUAACAGGUGAAGAGCGAAAUUUUGGAAGAUCACCAUUCCAAUGGAAUGAUGACAUAUCAGCUGGUUUUUCAUCAUCACCAAAUACUUGGUUACCAGUGGCUGAGAAUUAUAAGAAAGUCAAUGUUAAAGUUCAACGAGGAGUUGCAAGAAGUUCUUUGAAUAUCUUUAAAGCCUCACAGAAGUUAAAACAUACUGCAGCGUUUAAGGCGUUCAAAGAUAAAGGUGGUUUUAGCUAUGGAGCUUUGAAUGAAAAUGUCUUUCAGAUAAUUCGUGGUUCAAAUGAAGAAUAUCGUAUUUUGGCAAAUUUUGGAAAUAAACUUGAAACUAUCGGUGCAUUGCUAAGUAGCCAUAAAGAUGGAAGAAAUUACUUUGAAUAUAUAUUGGUGACAUGUUAUUCUCCACAUAACAUUGGUGAUCGUGUAAGACUUGAAAGUGUUUUCUUGGUGCCGUUUGAAACUGUUAUUUUGAAGAAAAUAUUGAAAAAAUAAAAUAAAGUAAAUAAUCAUAUUGCAC